AUGGGCCAGAAAGUGGAUGACAUUCUUCCGCUAUUUAAAUCGCCAUUUCGCACAUGGCUUCGCCUCACCGACAGGCUGGGCGAGGUAAUUCGAUUCUACCGACCAAUUGUGGACGGAAAUGAUGAAAAAGAGCUUGAUCUCCCAAGCUUCGAGGAACUAAUUGAUAGUUCCAAUGCAUGGGAUAUUCCUAUAGAUUUGUUCGGGAAUCGUGUGUUGAACGACACCGAGCGUGGAAGGAAUCCGGAACGAGCCACUCGGUCAGAAUGUCACCAAAUACGAUCAAACUCUCAGGACAUGAUAACCCCUUCGUUCGGCCGUACGCAGGCAUUGGAAGAGAAUGAAGAGACGUACAUGAACGUGUCCUCCAUUGAUCAGCGCCAAAUAGGAUCAGAUCCUUCAGCCAAUUUUCACGAUCUCAUCGACAGUCCUGGUAUCAUGAGUGGCAACAUUGAAGAUUUUGAUGUAUUUUUUGACAAUUUUCCUGACAUCAACUUUCCCAGGUCUUCCGAUCAAUUCAUCCUGGAUUUUGAUAUGCUCAACUCCUGA